AUGUGUGCUUACACUGUCACUUGUUCAUUCUGUGUUCUCUUAGGUGUGCAGGCUGUUUGUCAGGGUGCCACUAUCACGCAGGAGCUUCUGAAAGAGGGGUUUCACAGGGACCUGCUUUUGAAGGUAGAGCUUGGUGUAGUGGGUGAGCAUGCAGGAGGAUGCACAGUGGCAGCUAGAACUCAUCUUCCACCAGGAAUCUAUGUGGAUCCCUAUGAGCUGGCAUCACUGCAGCAGCACAAUUUAACAAAGGCGGUGUUAAUUCCUGAUGUUGUUGAUGUGGAGGCUCCCGAGUACUUAGCCACAGACCUCCUAGUUCUGCUGUACCUGGAGCCUGACCCCCGGUGUUCUCACUGCUUUAGAGCUGCCUUGCCCGUGCACGGGCGAUACCACCGGCCGGCAGAAGACAGUGAGGAAGCGUCGGUGGUUCUGAAGAGCCCAGAAGUACUGGUCUGCUGCUGUGACAAUCGCCUACCAGCAGAAUGUUGGAAACCUGCUGAAGUGGAAGCUCCCUGCUCAGGCAAAAACGUCAGCCUCUGUCAGUGGCACAGCAUAACACACAAACCUGCACAUGAGGAAUCCAUUCUGCAGGUUCCAGUGGGGCUCAGGCAACACAGUUCCAUGGUGUGUGCCGUGACUCUUCUUGCCACGGUGCUCUGUUCCAGUCUGAUUCUUGCAGCUGUGUGCAAAUAUGGACACUUCUCUGAGGUGACCUGCUCAGAAUAA